UCCUGCUUCUGCAAGCCCCUGGGAGAAUUCCCCUUCUCUUUGCUUUCUCUGUGGGCUGCACAUUCUCACCUUGAGGUGAGUGGAAAUGUCAGCUGGAAUGUGGGGAUGGAAAAAAAAUUGAUGCUUGUCCAAACCUACUCAUGUUUAUAUUGGAGCCUGUGAGUGACAUCAGAGCCGGGAAGAGUAUAAACACCAGCAGGACCUUACGCCGAGACUUUAAAAACUGCAAACACAUUGCUGCUUCCCCAGUGCCUGGGGACUGAUGUGCUGAAGUGCCAGAGAACAGGGCAGUAUGAGAAGCCAACUGGAAAAGCAGCUUCUCUUCUCUCUUCUCUGCAUCCUUUCCAAGGUCUGUGCUCAGCUCUGCCGGACACCAUGCUACUGCCCCUGGAUCCCGCCCCGCUGCCCUCCCGGAUCCCCUCUGGUUCUGGAUGGAUGCGGGGUGGCCUGCAACCACCUCAGUGUGUGUGAUCAGAGCCAGGGCCUCGUCUGUGAUUACAGCGAUGCCCACCUGGGGAGAGGAGGAACCUGCAACUUUGAGGAGGGAGACGACAGCUGCGAGGUGAAUGGAAAGGUCUAUCGAGACGGAGAGGUGUUCCAGCCCAGCUGUAAGAUCCAGUGCCGCUGCUCAGAUGGAGGGUUCACCUGCGUACCCCUGUGCAGUGAGGAUGUCCGCCUGCCCACUCCAGACUGCCCUCAUCCGAGGCGAGUGGAGGUCCCAGGGAAGUGUUGUCAGGAAUGGAUCUGUGAGAGGCAAGACAGUCACUUCCUUCAGGAUGCCAUGACAGGGCUUAGGGCGCCUGGCACAGCCGCCGUGAGUCUCUCCCACCCCUGUGAAGAAUGGAGCACAGAGUGGAGCACCUGCUCUGCAACCUGCGGCCUGGGGAUUUCUACCCGGGUGUCAAACCAGAAUCCGUACUGCAGGCUCGACACUCACCACCGUUUGUGCAUGCUCAGACCCUGCCAGGCUCCCCCAGGAAUACCUCACACAAGGGCAAGAGGGGGUCGUUUGUAGCCCCGCCCCACAGAUUCUGGUCUCGAGACUUCCUCCCAGCAGCCAGACGGACCCAAGCCUAGGUCACGGGGGCAUGUUCUACCUCCAGUGAAGCUAGGGAAGAACACACUGACUUCUACUGCAAAGGAGGAUGAAGAACCAGGAACAAGAUCCCCAUCUCCUUCCUCAUGCCCAUCACAGUUUCUCUAGACAAUGUGGGGAAAUCCUGCAGCCUGUAUGUUAAACUGCCAUGAUGGCGUAAGCUUAUCGUCAGCCCUUGACCCCUGUGAUAGGACAUCCAUUGGCAGUGAUGCUGUGUGGGUACCGUCACUCAUGGGAUCCCCCUCAGCAGGAGAGCAACCCAAGCCUUGGCAGGCCAAGCUGUCCCUGCUUUUCCAAGCAGGUGUUUACCAUUCAGAAUGACGCAAUGGGCUUAGUCUGGGUGGCUUUGCAUGUGGAGCCCUAGGCUGUCGCUUUCAUGCGUGUCCCCUGCAUGAGGGGGGCUCUUAGGAUCCCACCGGAAACGUGGCGGGAGGUGAGGCAAGGAGGGUGUAGACACAGACAUGCUCCGCACUCCGGGCUGGCUCCCAGGCUCGCUGAACUCGAUGGGCAGACUCCCAUUGAUGUUGGUGGGCUUUGGAUCAGGCCCUGAGAGCUCAGUAGAGAGCAAGUCUCUGUACAUGGAUUUGAAAGCCUCUCCCCUGUCUGCAUUCAGGUCCCCUAUGGAACUCCCCAGCAAUCAGCAUUGCCAUGGGGCUGUCUGGAUGCAUGCUCUGAAGCAGUGAAUGCCUUCCCAAGCCCUGGGGCGGUAUCCACAGUAGCAAAGGUGCUUCAGGCUCUUGCAAUUGGUACUCUAGGAUCCCCUCUUUAUCAUGGGCUGAGUCUCUGUGCUGAGCUUGCCUUCCAUUCAGGUGUGCACCUGCCAUCGAGCUUUGGCUGCUCACCACUGUGAGAGGAGGAGUAUGAAGCAGCCCAAGCAACACAGGGGCUAGAGCAGAUACAGUUAAAUGGAACCCAUGCUGGUAGAGUAAGACUCAGAGUCAAAAAGUUGGCACAAUUCCCAGAAAAAGUUUGGGAACCUCUAUAUUGAGGCGUGAGUUUAAAAACUCAAAGUUCGAACAAGAAAUAGAUAUGGCCACCCCAAAUCCUUCUGCUUCUCCAGAUGUAGCUUGCAAGAGGAGAACACUCCUUUCCAAGUCCUGGGGGUGAUUUCUGAAUAUAUUGUUUACUGGGUAGAUUUUCAAAGGCCCCACGUGUCUGUAACCAGCUCCUGAUAGGUGGAUACUUUAGGAUUUAUGACUGUGCACACAAGUGAAGGGGGCAUCAUAAAAUGCGGCUCCUUCACCAAAUGUCUCACAUAAUGCCAAAAAAAUAUUCACUAUCUCAAACAUGUUCCACUGCUGGGAACAAUUCUGUACAGAUCCUCAGGGAAAGGUGGCAUCUAAUACAAUUACAUUCUUAUCUCUGAUUUGUACAGUCCUAUGACUCACAUACAGUCUGUUUAUAAUAUCCAGCUACCCCCGCAAAUAAACAGACAAGAUUCAAAUUGUCAUCUGAACAGGAGUCUUCCUUAUGGAAGUUUUAAUUCUCCUUCCCUUCUCUGAAAACACAUUCCUCUGAAAUUAACAAGGACAUUUUUAUCCAGCAGAAAGCAUCCUCUUUAGCAUUGCUGCAUUCCAUCCACAAUGCUAUUGGCUUGGCAUGUCUCUCAACCAGGCAAACAAGGACUUCACACCUUGGUGAUCCUAUUCUAUAACUCCGGACAUGCCACGUCAUAUCCAACCACAAAAACCUAAAGGCCAAAACAAAGGCAGCAAAACUGCAAAGCUGGGAAAAGGCCAUCUUCAAACACAGAGGGGCUUUCCAGCAGGAGCAGCAGAGGAGAGUUAUUCUGCAGGCAGCCAAGCUUUGUUUUCUCACAGCGAUAAUCUUUUAAGGUUGUUCAAAACUGAAGUUUAAAUGCCCUCUAACGGCCUCUAGUUAAACCUGCAGAGGCAACUCACUAUCUCCUCCCAUGGACAAAUGUGAACUGCAACUAGAAGAGAGCUGCAUUUCAGAUUAUGAAUCCAGACAAGAUCUGGCAAUUUCAGUUUUUCUAUAUGUGAAUUUGAAAAUAUCUAGCAGUAUAGCUUGUAUUAAUGCAUCUCAGCAAGGGUAUGUCUAGACUUCAUCCCUUAUGCCUCCUGCAAGGAGGUUUACAGGAUCUGUCGAAAAAAGCUUUCUUUCUCAACAGAUCCCCCUCUAGACUGCCACUUUUUGCUGACAAGUGCUGAGCCGGCAAAACGCAGCAACCAUUUUUAUGCAAAUUAGGCACGGGAUAUUUAAAUCCCUGCCUCAUUUGCAAUGUCAGCCUGCCUAAUCUGCAUCCCUCUGCUGACAGAGGGAUGCAAUCUAGACAUACCCCAAGGGAGUGAACCCUGUUCUGAUCUCACACUCGUUUUACACAGGUGAAUCUUCACUGACAUCAGUGGAGUUAUGCCCGAUUUACAGUGGUAUAAAGGAGACUAGAAUCAGGACCAAAUAGCUUGGAUAUGUCUGCGGUUCAGGAAGCUUAAAUUUGGAUACGAGAAAUGUAGGCAAAAUAAAAACAUUUAAAAAUUCAUAACAUUGUGUCAGCUAGUUGUAGUCUCUCAGCGUCUCUUAAACACUGUUAGGUCUUUUGAUUACAUUGGUUUCCAUUUUAAUGUGGUGUAUCUCUCUAUACAUGCAUAUGUACCAACUGGGGUGUACAUGGAUGGAGGGUUUUAUUAUUAAUGUGUAUAAUGGUGGCAUAUAGGAACCCCAGUCAAGGACCCAUUGAACUAGGUACUGGACAAACACAGAAUAAAAAGAAAGUGAUGUGUGCAUGUAUCAGUGUGUGGACCACUUGGACUAUGUAGGCAUGAGCUCAUAUGAUUGAGUUGUGGGUAUAUGGAUUAGUUUGUGCUUCUGUACAAGAGUAUGCAUACCUCUUGGGCACGUGGCUGUGUAGAUCAGUGUUUCUUAAACUGUAUUCUGCAGCACACCGGAGGUGUGCCAUG